AUGGCAGACCAAGGCCCUGGGACAGCAGCGGACCCAGACAUCACUAUGACAGACGCGCCUUCACGCAUUGUCGUCAAAGCCUCCGAACUCUCCGAGACCCUCUUCGACGCGUGGGUGGACCAAUACGAUCCCGAGUCGCUGCGUGCGUUUGAGAAGAUCUACUGGACUGGCGUGGCAGCGCCGGAUGGAUUGGACUACGACAUCAUAAUCGAAGGUCUCUGGGCGGGGUUUUUCGCGCGGCUCCGUGUAAUGUACCCUCCCACGCCGCCAGAGCAGUAG